UGUGGCAGCCCAGAUCACGUCGAGGCCAUGCAUCCCGACCUGUCACCGCAAACCGAGAGUACUCCUUCACCCCCACAACGGGACGGCGGGGAGGGAGAGGCUCACUCUAGGUCAAUAGCUGUCAGCACGAACUGUACAGAAGUUUGCGGUCAAGCUCAGUCGAGUCGUUCUUGUUCCAAGAUCUGCCUCACUAAGGUGUACCCUAAAGGAGCCAAAGACAAGGCCAUCAAAGCCUAUGUGAUUCUGGACGAUCAGAGCAAUCGUUCACUAGUCAGUCCAGAGUUCUUUAAAUUGUUCAACAUUGAGAGUGAGCGGUUCCCAUACUACCUCAAAACUUGCUCAGGCAACAUGAAAACCCAAGGGAGGAAGGCAGAAGGCAUCCAGAUCGAGUCCCUGGAUGGUAAAGUCGUCAUCUGUCUCCCCCCGCUCUUAGAGUGCAAUGAAAUCAUGAAUAACCGCGCUGGGAUCCCGACACCAAGUGCGGUGCUACACCAGCCGCAUCUCCACCACAUCGCCAAACACAUCCCAGAACUGGAUCCGAAAGCGGAAAUACUCCUGCUAUUAGGAAGAGAUGUUAUCCAGGUACACAAGGUUAGGCAGCAGAUCAAUGGACCACUCAACGCCCCCUUCGCGCAACGUCUGGAUCUGGGCUGGGUGGUGAUAGGAGAGGUGUGUCUCGGUGACGUACACAAACCGAUGGUUAACACACUCAAGACCAAUGUGCUAGAGAGUGGCCGCCAUUCAAUCUUUCAACCCUGCCCGAGUGUCCCGUGCAUCAAAGAAGCACAACAAGACAUUACCAAGCGUAAAGUAACCGACGAGACGCUAGGUCAGUCAGUUUUCGUUCAAACCGAGCACGGAAACAAACUUGCACAAUCAGCUCAAGAUACCAUUUCUUUAAAACCCAAAGACACCAAGGUCUUCAGAGAUGAAGCAAAUAAUGGGGUUGCCCCAUUGCCAAUCAGAGAACCACGCCAGUGCUCACCAGAUAACAAAGAGCAGGCAGUCAAACGGUUCACGUCCUUACGGAAAACCUGGAAAAGGAAACCUGAGAUACAGCAACGCACCCGAUUGGCCCACGAGGUACUGUGCACCCUAAUGGCAGAGGUCACAGCCAUUAUAAACGCACAAUCAUUCCUACCUGUGUCUUCUGACUCAGAAAACCCCUUUAUACUUUCGCCAUCAACGCUCCUUACGCAGAAGGCAGGGGCACCUCCUCCACCAGGAGACUUUUCAGACAGGGAUCUGUACACAAAGCAAUGGAGACAAGUCCAGGCUCUGGCGAAUCAGUUCUGGUCCCGCUGGAGACAGGAAUAUCUACCCUCGUUGCAACAGAGACGAAAGUGGACAGAACCCCGCAGGAAUCUUCAAGUCGGAGACCUAGUCCUGCUCAGGGACAAGCAGAUCACCCGCAACAGCUGGCCAAUGGCCAGAAUCACUGCUACAUUCCCUAGCGAGGAUGGACAUGUCAGGAAGAUCGAAUUGAAGACUACCGACCAAGGCGAUGUGAAAAUUUACCAAAGGCCAGUUACAGAAGUUAUUCUACUUCUACCCAAUGACUGAUUAAGAGACUAAGUUUGUACUCUGCUCAUUGUGACCUUACGAAGGUCAAGCGGGGAGUGUGCUGUCUUUACGACAGUUAUUUAGUUUAUAAUAUUUUCGCUUAGUAAUUCAUUCAAUAGUAUUUUCUAGUUAGAAUUAGAAGUGUUUAAAGUGUAUUCAUUGCAUGUAAAAUAUAUCGGCAUGCGAUGACGUCACAUCCGGUUUCGCCGCGUCUUGUGGGAAAACACCGGUUUGAAAUUAGCGCGAGGGUGGGGGCUUUCCACGAGGCUCACCUGAGCACAAGCAGUUUUGCAGGCAUGAGAAAUCACAGUGAGAGCAACGCUUGGUUGGAGGACAUGGAAUGCCCUAGUUGAACAAAUGUCUGCAUUUUGUAGAUGGUAAACAAGGAAGCCUCUGUCCUGGAUGGUUUUAACCAACGAUCAUUCAGGUUAAAAGAAAACUCCAUGCUUCUCAACUGCAAUGAUCGGAAAUGAUUUGCAUUCCCUGUCAUACUUCAUCAUCAUCAUAAUUUUAGUAAUUCCUUAAUAAGGUCAAACCAAUUAGCAAGUAAUAAGUAUCCAGCUCAACCAGAUGUAUGUUGCCACAUAACCUGCCAAUUAUCAUUAAACAAGGUGACAUCUUCUGUCAAGUUAAUUUGCCUGGUUCAAGCUAGCUCAAGAUCAGUGCAGGUGUUCUGUCACACGAUUUGUAUGUUACACAGUGUUAACGGAAGUGGUUAAAUUUGAGAUCAUAUGCUUGCCAGAGGAUAUGAGCAUAAUUUCUCACUUUGAUGAGCUUACCCCUCUGCAAUUUUUCUUUUCUUAACUAACAGAGGAAAUACUGUACUAUAGCGGCAUUGCAGCAUAGAUCCACCUAACUGUCUGUUCUAUUUUAAUGACUGUCAUAUGACGAGAGAUUCAGUUGGUUCUACCACCUCUGUUUAGGGUUUAGAAGAAUCAACAAUGAUUUAAGUGAAACAUGUAACUUUUUCAUAAGGCUCAAUAAGAUGCGUACGAGCAGGUUUUAUCUUCUAAUUCAGGAGCUGAGAAGUAUGGUACAUAGAUUCAAAAUAAGAAAUAGUCCAUCUUAGACAGAAAUGAAGACUUUUUUUCAGUCAGUGGGGUGUACAUCAAUAGGAUUUCCCUGUUCCUCCUCAGAAGAUAUGGAGGCUCCAUCAUUGAAAGCAUUCAGAAUUAAGACCAGUGGAUUUUGAAAUAAUGGAGCAGUAAAGGAAUAUGUGUUGCAGGCAAGAAAAUGAUAAUGUGGUGGAAGAUCAGCCAUCCUGGGGGAGCACUGAGGGGCCAGAUGUCUUUGCUCUUAUUUCUUAAGUUUUAGGGCUGUCAUUUUUGACAAUAAAAUUCAGCGGAUUUGAAAUCUUGAAACUCUGCAGCCCAAAAAGCUAUGACUGUCCAAUUUUUACUUAUCCAUUGAAGAAAAGCAAAAGAGUGACUCCAUCUUCAACACAAGAGAUUCUAAAGGUGCUGGAAAUCUUGACCAAUACACACAAAAUGCUGGAGGAACUCUGCAAAUCAGGCAGCAUCUAUGGAGGGAAAUAAAUAUUCAGCAUUUUGGGCCAAUACCCUACAUUAGGAUACAAUUAGAUACAAUAUUAUUGAUGAUUACUCUUUAAAAUUAAUAUUACUUGUUUUUUUUCAA